CUAGGGUGUUUAAACACCAGUUCAGAACUGAAGCCAAGCUGUGGACUUGAACGUAUGCAUCGUGCCUUGCGCCUAUGAAGAUGAAGUUUGUUUACUCAUUGCUGCUGCUUAUGCUAGUUGCAGUGUGGGCUCAUCCUGAUUACAGCGAGUCUGAUGAUGAUGACGGUAGAAGUGUCACAACGGUUCAGAAAGCAAGAUUAAUGACAGGAGACAUAUCACGAAAUAACAGCAAUGAGAAUCGAAAGGUCACAAAAGUUCGAAGAAAGAGAGGAAUUUUCGGUGUGGCGUUCCGCGCAACAGCAACAGCAGCGAAAACAUUCAUUAAAGCACUCAUAAAGAACGUGCCGAGAGCUGUGUCUUCAUUUUCGAAGAUCGUCGGGAAGGUUGGGAAAGCAAUGGAGUAUGUAGAGGUGGGAAUCACAGUUGUUCAAGCUAUAUCAGAAUGUCCAGCGGUGAAUAUUUGCCCAUUGAAAGAAGAGCUAAAGACAAUCCAGGACCACAUAUAUGAAGCAUUGAAGACACUGAACCAGACUCACACUAGACUUAGGAAGUGCACUGUUAAGGCGAACCGAGUGUAUCAUUCAACACAGUUGAUACUUUCACACAUCAAGCAUAUUACUCAAUCGCUUGUCUAUAUCACCGAAAUUUCAGAACUGCGUUAUUUGGAAAGCAUGGAUUUUGUAUGCGCUAAAGAAAAUGAUACAAUGAUCAAGGAAUGCUUAGAGGAAAAAAUCAAUGACAUUGAGUUUGUUUACUCACGAAUGGCAAAACGUUUAAAUGACAUUAAACAUAACAAUAUGAUGCAAGCAGUAAUUUCAUUUGUUGUCCAAAAGACGAUAUCAGUGAUAAUAGGAAAUAUUGGUAAUUUAUCCAAGAAAAAGUAUGAUUUUCUUGUUUAUAAAUUUGGCAAGCCGAAAAGCAAAUUCAAGAAAUUUAAAAUGAUUACCAAAGCUAUCAUUUCCGGUCAAAAAGGGAGAGGCAAAAAGGCAUUGACUUCGGUACAAAAUGCUGUGUUAUACCCCGUUAAAACACUAAAAAACAAGUUAGGAAGAGUAUCCCAUAAAAUGAGAUCGCUAAAACGUAGAGUAGUUAACAAAUUUGUUCAUCCGAGACAGGGAUACAAACGUCUUUGGAAUAACAUAAACCCAAGAAAGUUUUCUGUUAGUUCGGUAAUCGGAGGAUUCGCAAAAGGCUCAUUUUCUAGUAUUAUAUCUGCAGUCUCGAUUUAUUUGGAGCAAAAGAAAUAUGUAGAGCUAGAGGAUGAUUUGAGAGUGUUUAUUCAUGACUAUCAGAAUAAUUUAAAACAAUUAAAUGAAACUAUUGCUGAGGGAAUCGAAUCAGAAACAAACUGUACACAAUACUUUGAUUAUUCUAUCGGCCUGUUUAUAAACGAAUCAAGAACUGUUGUUGAAACACUUGAGUUGUUUGACCACAUGAUACCCAACACAACGGCAUUAGAAGAAAUAGAUCUCACACAAUUUGAAAUCAAAACAGCAUUAUACCGAAAUGUUUCUGCUAUCUUACUUGGUAACGUUGACAAGGGUAACAUACAUCUAAAACAAAAUGAACUAUUACAUAUCUUAGAAAACGACUUUUUUAACAUGACUGAAAUGAAGUCUUGGGUUCAUACAGAAAAUACUUUAUUUGACGUUGUACAGGAAGGAAUCCACGACAGCAGUGUCAGCAUAUUGCGCAUGUGCUAUAAGCUCAAGUAUGUAGGUUUACACACCACUGGAAGAGGAGUUAACUGGCCAAUACAGGACGUUCUCUGUCAUCUGGCUCUAUUCCAUCCCAGCCACAAGGAGUUUGAUUACUACAAUAUGGAAAACAUCAGUGACUACUGCAGACGAACGCCAGACAGUUUUCCUCUGAACACUGUUCUGUUAGACAGAAAAAAUACUUUGGUGCAAGAAACAAUACGACGUAAUGUUGAAAGCAGCGAGGACGAGGAUACGGCAAAACUAUCUGACGAAAUAUCCCGAGAUCUCGGAUUUGACGAAUACAUGAAACUCCUGGGUAAAUUUCCAGACGAGAAAGAGGUGUUGUGUAACAUUGCCGAGAUGUUUCCCCAAAGGUUCAAGUACGCUUUCUAUGACUUGGCAGACUUCAGACCAAGAUCGACUUGUAGUCUUUUAACAACCGAAAAAUUCGAACAACUCCAACUCGAUGCAAUAGAGACGAGGAAUGAAAUGAAAAGAUAUCAAAUACUUCUGAGUCCAGAUAUUUUCAAUACAUAUCUUAAUAAAACAAUACGCAAAGGCUUAAAGGAUAACGUUCCCAUCAGUUCCAUCUUCCAAGAUAUCCGUCGGUCCUUAACUGUAGCCGAUGUUAGGAGAAAUGACAACUGGCCAUUUAAGGAGAUCCUCUGUGCUCUUGGAUCUGUAGCCCCUUUGGAAAUGUACGUGUAUGAUCAUUACCCUGUUGACGUCAUAAGAAACCAGUGCCAGUCAGGUACGCUACUAACCUCUCAGCUUCAGGACAUACUUUUAAAAAGGAAAGAGAAUUUACUUGAACUCAAUAUAAGACGUUAUGUAGACUUUGAGGAAGAAGAAAACCCAGAAGCAAUGGUUAAAGAAUUUUCUAAUCUGCUGAUGUCAGAUUUGAUUAUGGAGUCCCUGGAUAUCAGCCCUACGGAACACGAGAUGAUAUGCAUGGUGGCCGAUCUGUAUCCUGGCAAGAAGGAGUACGGGAUGUACAGGCUUAACCAGUUCAGACCGAUGGAGGUUUGUGAACAGAUAACUGAACAGGGAUUUCAAAUUCUGACAGAUGAAAGGGAGAGACGCAAAUGGGAGGCAAUGCUUUCCAAGUAUUGUUCCGAUUCUGAUGAACCUUGCUUUCCAAUGACCCGCAAAACAUCAGAAGAUGGACCCCCCGCACAGCACUAUUUUUCUCAGUCAGGGACAUGGUCCUGCCAUGCGACAAGGAAUGUGUUCAUCGUCAUGGCCUUGUUCGCUUUGCAGUGUAUAAUGGAAUGGAUAAGCGUACAUUUCUGAGGUUUUUGUGAUUGGUUUUGCAUUAGCUAACUGCGUCUUUCAAACAUGGCCUGCAUACAAUGGGUGUAAUACAACUUGAGCAUGUUGAAGUGUAAAUAUAGUGUUGUAUUCUGUUUAUUUCUACCUAAAUAUCUGGGUUAUUAAAUAUGCCUGGAAAUAUUUGGGAUAAAUAUUAAUAAAGAGUGUGAGCAAACCAAUAAUGUUUUAUUGGUUUUUAAUGGCAGGGAGAAUACAGUGUGUAAAGCAUUUUUACGUCAUCAUUGGUAGAAUUACUAUAAAUAUCUUGGAGAUUGUUAUCAAUGAAAUAUAUCAACAUUUGUUAAUCAAUUAAUUAACAUUGGAUUAAAUGGAGGGACAUUGUUACGAUUUGUCCAUUUAAUGAAUAACACAGAUAUUUUUAUACGAUAGAGAGGGUGUCUCCGAGGAUAAGGAUAAUGAUGCUUCUCAUACCAACCCUUUCCUCGGAACUCUCACUAGAUUUAACAAGGUUUAAUCUUACAUUUUUUCAUCAUUGCCUCUUUGUUUAAAUAACAAUAAAUAUGUACGUAUCUUGUAUCUAAUAUGUUUGCUGAUUUUUGUAUUAAUUAUUCAACAGACUUUAUUAACACUUAUAAAUUAGGGCUAUUCAAUACUGUCAGUGCCUGGAAAUAUUUGGGAUAAUAUUAAUAAAGUGUGUGAGCAAACCAAUGAUGUUUUAUUGGUUUUUAAUGGCAGGGAGAAUACAGUGUUUAAAGCAUUUUUACGUCAUCAUUGGUAGAAUUACUAUAUGUAUUUAUCCACUGACAAGAUAUCAUUUGGAACAGCAACUUUAUGAGAUACAUCAUUUUUUAAUAAGAUAUGUGAUUGAGUUCUAAGUUCAAAGUCAUUAAUCAGUCAAUCAUUUAUAAGUCAAUCUUUCUCAGUGAAUCAUUUAUCAGUCAAUCAUUUAUUAGUCAAUCUUUAUCAGGGAAUCAUAUAUCAGUCAAACAUUAAAUUACCAACAUUAAUUAUCGAACAUUAAUCAAUCAAUCAUUUAACAAAGUGAAGAUAAUGAGGCAUGACAAGCUGACUUUGCAUAAAAAGAACCAAUCAUUUUUUUUUCAAAGAGAUCUUAUAUUGAGACAUCCCCUGUCCAAAGUAUAUACUUGCUGAGUAAGAAUUGAAGACUGAUGACGCACAAACAUUGUAUGAUUGACCUUCUGUUAACAAGGGUAAAGAAAGAACAUUUUUCUUGCAGUGAUUGAUGGUUCUUUACUUGUAGUCAACUUGAAGAUAAUAUGAAAGUAAAGAAAGUAAAUGUAUAGGGUAACAGUUGUCAUUGUUUAAUUUUUUUUAAAACAUUUGUUACCCAGUGUGUAAUGUUUGUUUUUAUCUAUGUAUAUAUUUGUAGUAGAUAUCAAUAAUUGAACUCAUUUCCUAUGAAAGUUCGGGGAAAGAACAACCUUGAUAACAUGAUUAUAUCACAUUACUGCAUGUAUGUAUUUUAUUUACUGUA